CCCUCUUAAACCACAGAGUCAAAUAGCUCUAAUAGAGAUGAAGCUUGAUAGAUCCGCCCAGGUGUAGGUGAAAUGGUAGAGCCUCCGGGGUAAUAGAUGCUGUGCUCUCAUGCUGAAGUUUAGCACUUUGUCCUGACCGGCUCUCUAGCAGCAGGGCGAUGGGCUGCUCCUUGUACAGUUAACAAAGUCAACACGCUUCUUGCCGUUCACAUUGAUGCCUAAUCCGGAGGGCAACCUGGAGCUAGGUAAGAACCGCAAAACAGCCCUCUGACUUCAACGCGUGGACAAAGGACAGCAAAUGCAGACAUUUCAAGGGAAUAUUCCUAUCUUCUGUCAUGGGACUUAAAGUGUCCAGAAACUUAAAAUAACCAAUUGGACUGAACAGAUGUACCUCAGGAAUUAAGAAUUUUUCCUGAAGAAGAAGUUUCCAGAUUGUUUGAACUUCUCUGGCCGCACAAUACAGAGGGAAGGCUGAAGCAGCCUAGGGACCUACAGCGCCUGCAGCAUGGGCUGGUUCGCUAGGAUUGUCUCUCUUUUCUGGGGAGUGUUACUUACAGCGGGAGCAAACUAUCAAAAUGGGAAGAACAACGUGCCAAGGCUGAAAUUAUCCUACAAAGAAAUGUUGGAAUCCAACAAUGUGAUCACUUUCAAUGGCUUGGCCAACAGCUCCAGUUAUCAUACCUUCCUUUUGGAUGAGGAACGGAGUAGGCUGUAUGUUGGAGCAAAGGAUCACAUAUUUUCAUUCAACCUGGUUAAUAUCAAGGAUUUUCAAAAGAUUGUGUGGCCAGUAUCUUACACCAGAAGAGAUGAAUGCAAGUGGGCUGGCAAAGAUAUCCUGAAAGAAUGUGCUAAUUUCAUCAAGGUGCUUAAGGCUUAUAAUCAGACUCACUUGUACGCCUGUGGAACGGGGGCUUUUCAUCCAAUUUGCACCUACGUUGAAAUUGGACAUCAUCCUGAGGAUAACAUUUUUAAGCUGGAGGACUCACAUUUUGAAAAUGGCCGUGGGAAGAGUCCGUAUGACCCUAAACUGCUGACGGCAUCUCUUUUAAUAGAUGGAGAAUUAUACUCCGGGACUGCGGCUGAUUUUAUGGGGCGCGAUUUUGCGAUCUUCAGAACUCUCGGACACCACCAUCCAAUUAGGACGGAGCAGCAUGAUUCCAGGUGGCUCAAUGAUCCAAGGUUCAUUAGUGCCCACCUCAUCCCAGAAAGUGACAACCCUGAAGAUGACAAAGUAUAUUUUUUCUUCCGUGAAAAUGCGAUAGAUGGAGAACACACUGGAAAAGCCACUCAUGCUAGAAUAGGUCAGAUAUGCAAGAAUGACUUUGGGGGGCACAGAAGUCUUGUGAAUAAGUGGACAACAUUCCUCAAAGCUCGUCUGAUUUGCUCAGUGCCGGGACCAAAUGGCAUUGACACUCAUUUUGAUGAAUUGCAGGAUGUAUUCCUAAUGAAUUCUAAAGAUCCUAAGAAUCCAAUUGUAUAUGGAGUGUUUACAACUUCCAGUAACAUCUUCAAAGGGUCAGCUGUGUGUAUGUAUAGCAUGAGUGAUGUGAGGAGGGUGUUCCUUGGCCCAUAUGCUCACAGGGAUGGUCCCAACUAUCAGUGGGUGCCUUAUCAAGGAAGAGUCCCCUACCCACGACCAGGAACUUGUCCCAGUAAAACAUUUGGUGGAUUUGACUCUACAAAAGAUCUUCCUGAUGAUGUUAUAACAUUCGCAAGAAGUCAUCCAGCUAUGUACAAUCCAGUGUUUCCUAUUAAUAACCGCCCAAUAAUGAUCAAAACAGAUGUAAAUUAUCAGUUUACACAAAUCGUAGUUGAUCGAGUGGAUGCAGAAGAUGGCCAAUAUGAUGUUAUGUUUAUUGGAACAGAUGUUGGGACCGUUCUUAAAGUAGUUUCAAUUCCUAAGGAGACUUGGCAUGAUUUAGAAGAAGUUCUGUUGGAAGAAAUGACAGUUUUUCGGGAGCCAACUACUAUUUCAGCAAUGGAGCUUUCCACCAAGCAGCAACAACUAUAUAUCGGUUCCACCACGGGGGUUGCUCAGCUUCCAUUACACCGCUGCGAUAUUUAUGGGAAAGCCUGCGCAGAGUGCUGCCUCGCCCGAGACCCUUACUGUGCCUGGGAUGGCUCUUCAUGCUCUCGCUAUUUUCCCACUGCAAAGAGACGCACAAGACGACAAGAUAUAAGAAAUGGAGACCCACUCACUCACUGUUCAGACUUACAACACCAUGAUAAUCACCAUGGCCACAGCCUUGAAGAAAGAAUCAUCUAUGGAGUAGAAAAUAGUAGCACGUUCCUGGAAUGCAGUCCAAAAUCACAGCGAGCUCUGGUCUAUUGGCAAUUCCAGAGGCGAAAUGAAGAGCGAAAGGAAGAGAUCAGAGUGGAUGAUCAUAUCAUCAGGACAGAACAAGGCCUUCUACUGCGUAGCCUGCAACGGAAGGAUUCAGGCAAUUACCUCUGCCAUGCCGUGGAACAUGGAUUCAUGCAGACUCUUCUUAAAGUGACCUUGGAAGUCAUUGACACGGAGCAUUUGGAAGAACUUCUCCAUAAAGAUGAUGAUGGGGAUGGGUCUAAGACCAAAGAAAUAUCCAACAGCAUGACACCUAGCCAGAAAGUCUGGUACAGAGACUUCAUGCAGCUCAUCAACCAUCCCAACCUGAACACGAUGGAUGAGUUCUGUGAACAAGUAUGGAAAAGGGACCGAAAACAGCGUCGGCAAAGGCCAGGACAUAACCAAGGGAAUAGUAACAAAUGGAAGCACUUACAGGAAAAUAAGAAAGGUAGAAACAGGCGGACCCACGAAUUUGAGAGGGCACCCAGGAGUGUCUGAGCUGCAUUACCUCUAGAAACCUCAAACAAGUAGAAACUUGCCUAGGUAAUAACUGGAAAAAUGCAAUAUACAUGAACUUUUUUCAUGGCAUUAUGUGGAUGUUUACAAUGGUGGGAAAUGCAACUGACUUCCCCCAAUUAUAAAUUAAGUCCAUGAGUAACUUUGCUAACAGGCUUUCCUCCUAAUACCAACACCUAAUAGAGGUCAGGUGAACGCAGAUGUUCACUUUAGCAGACUUAAAUGUUUCCUAUGAGAUUUCAUUGUACAGGUUUCGCUUUCUUCUUUGCCUGAGAAAUAAAAAUGUCAUUUGCCAUAUUGCCAUCUAAAGAAGAAAAACUGCAUCAGCAAAGCCAUUUUAUUGAACUGAAAAGUUUUAAAUAAACUGCAUGGAUUUAUGAAGCUGAUGAAUAUUCCAAAAUACAGUUGGAUUCAAGGAUAUUUUUUUGUCUACCAGCAUUCAUGUUUAUAUGUACUGGAGGAGUAAAAUGAUACUGAAUGAAAUGGUCUGUGGAAAUAUAAAAAACAUAAACCAUCCAUCAUCCAGAAGAAAAAUGGAAUACACUGAUCUACUACUGAUGUCUUCUUUCAGCUUUGAUCUAAAGAUGUAUUUUAUUAAAACUAUAAUUUAAAUGUACCAUGACAAAUAUGCAGUAAAAAUUAGCUCUUUUCUAAGCUAGAGUAGGUUUUUGUCUUAGUUAUUGUGCUAUAUAGUUUUUGUUUUAAAAACUCCAAUUGUGUGCUGCUUUUUUCCGACAUUGUGUUUUUAGUUCCACAAGAGGGAUAGCCAGUAGUGUUCAAGAAACACAUAAACAUCAUUUACCGCUGUUUCCUGAAGCCUGCAUAUAAAUUAGGCUUUAUUUCUCUGAGGAAUUCAAACAAAUAACACCUCCCCCUUCUUUAAGUAUUAUCGAAAAUUGAGUUUAACUUGCAUAAUGUUUUCUAGAAAAUACAGAGCAUUUAACCAGCAAAAUCAGAAGAUGCAAACUGACCUGUUAAAUGCCUUGUGUUGUACCUAAUGGAUCAAUAAGGAGAAAAGGAACUGCAUAGUUCAUGAAAAGAGUAAGCAUUGUUUAAAUAUAACAUUAACAGAAAAACUCUUAAUUCUGUGCUUGAAAACCUGCAUGAUAUUUGAGACAUAAAAAACUCCCAUGAUUCCUUUAGGAAUUACAUCUCUGUCACUCAAUUUUUUUGAAAAAAGAUCAGUAAUAUGCAGAACAACUUCUUAAAAGCAAAUUUCCCAACUCUGUUUACAUCUGUAUCAGCUGUCUUUUAUCUCAUCUUGUUUUAAACAAUUAUCUGUCUAAGGAACAUAUGAUUUGUUUCAUGUUGAUGGGAGCGACUUUUAUACAAACUGUUUUCCAGGGCACAGCUCACACUCAAAACAUGUAAAACUUUUUGUUUCCUGCAGCAAUUUAUAAAAUAAGGUAAAAGCUGAUCAAUAAAGGACUCGCCUUGUUCCUUGUCCUAACAUGAUUCCUUGAGAAUCAUUGACUUCAAGGUGUAUAAGACCUUCAGCAUUAUGAUAGUUUUCUCUUGCACUGCACUCACCCUUCCAGGAAGCCCUCCCUAGAUCCUUCAUCAUGCACAGAAAUGCAAAGGAAACAUCUUCUUGCUAAUUAAUGAAAGCAGCAUUGAAAUUCUAACUCUAGCUGUCUUGGGAUUCUAAUUAACUCAGCAUUAAUUUCUCACCUCAGACUACAGUGAAUUUUUUUAAAAAAAUUCUCAGCUGAAAUAUUUCACAGAUGGAAGCUCAUGUUUCAGUUUUAGUGAUUUGAAUAAACAAUUUGUUAAUGCCUAUUCCAAAUGAAAGCCUAAAAAUAUUCUGCACUCAAUUUUAGGCUCCAUUGAUGAAUACAGUGUUACUUUUAGAAAUACAUCCUCAAAUGGUAUUUGAAUUUUAAAUUAUUUGAAGGACAUAUUUCUGUAGGGAAAUAGAAAUGUUUGAAGUACUAAUCAAAGAACAAAGAGUACUCCAAAAAUAGGUAAUUCUUUUAUUUUCUUAGCGUAUCUUAACUGUGCUAAAAUUUGGUGUUGCACUUCCUUUGAAAUUUGCGGCUGAAACAGAUUUAUUUGCAACAAAUAUCUUAAUUCUUAUUAGUCCUCAAAACGAAUGCAUCUGAAGGGCUACAGAUUGAAAUUGUAUGAUAACUUUAGGGAUGCCCUCCAGUGUCUGACUGAGUUUUGUUUCGCAUUAUGGAAAACCCAGAGAAAGGAAGUCUAAACUUCAAUUAAAGAAACAAAAGAAGCAAAUCUCUGGCAUGUCUUUAUAAACCAUCAGGUCUGAGUUUUCAAAGAAAAUUAUAGAUAUAACUAGCAGAUAGAUAACUCUUAGUACAGUCAUACUCUGCCAAUGUGUAUUGAAGGGGACAUUUUGCACGAAAAAGUAGUGUCCCAUUUAAUUAAGUUUUUCUAGACUUUGGCAUAUUGCAUGUAUCAUCAGAGUUGGAACUUUGUUAAGAGGCUCACAUGACCAUAAGCAAGUUCUGACAGCAAUCUUACGAUUGGAAAAAGUUCAUCGCAGCAGAGAAAUUCUGGCCCAGUUGAAAUCCAAUGUGAAAUGUAAAUGCAUGUAAAUGCACACUCAAUGCUACUUUUAUGUACAAUUUAGUGAUUUUCAGUGGUAAUGUGUUUAAUAUUUUUGCUACCUACACAUUAGGCAAAAGAGAUGUAAAUACUUUUGAAAAUAAGAGGAAGGACAGUGAACUACAACUUUAUAUAGGUUCUCCAUAUCAUUGUGUUCAACAUCAUCCUAAAAUGCAAGAUUUCCCCACACAGGUGACAAGGGGGGUUAUGUGCUAUUCAAGGGCAGAGGCUGUGUGCCCAUUCAAUAAGCAUGUUUUUUUGCCAGGUAGUAAAUAUGUUCCAUAUCUGUAUUUAUCACUGCAUUUCAGAUGGGAACUAGAAAACUGGAGAGACAAAUGUAAUGAAACUGCUGCUGUAAAUUAUUCCUUUUAGCAUGUAUUCAGUUGCUAAAUACACAUUUCUUCAAAAUAUUUGAAUUCAGAUGUCUUUACUAUUCCCUGUAGCAUAUGGUGUCAAGGAACAUAAGUUUUAAAAAUGCUGAGAAUGAGAGUCAGGUUGCUACCUAACAGAUUUCUUCAUUCUAGUCUUCUGUGCACUGGGUUCUGUAUUUAUGGGGACGAUGUGCAUUUUGAUGCCCUUUAAGUUAAAUACUGUUAUUUUUGCCAUGCCUAAAAAAGGACAUGUGGGGAUGAAAUUCUAUCAUGUGUCAUUAUCAUGAUCAGUUUGGUUUUAUUCAGGCUCUGCAAAGAUGCCAACAAUUGUUACUGAAGUUACCUAUCCUUAAAGUUAUAAGGAAGCCUUUUAUUAACAUGAAGUGAUUAGUAUAAUAUUUUGUAAUCUCUGUUUUAUGAAUUCACUUUUAAAACACAGUUCGCAUUCAAACUUUAAUGGAAAUCAUCCAAUUUGAUGGCUUCAAAGACAAAUUUAACAAACGGGAUUCAACAUCAUCUUACUGCAUUAUAGUGUAUUAGAUAUAAAUUGCCCUGAUGCCAAAGGCGUACAUGCUUUUUAUUUUAACUUUGUAGUAAUUAUUCAAAGUCAUUGUUAAUAUUUGCAAAAUAUACUUCCAUAAAAAAGAAAACAUUAUUUUUCCCAAAGUUUGCAAAAAGCCUAUUAGUUUAUCUGAUUUCUAACAAUUUUUUAUACUAGUUAAUUAAAGAAACACAUUUUUUUUAAAGUUCAUACACUAAGAGAACUGUAAAUGAAGAGAGCAUGGAGCCACGGAAAUGGAGCAGCCAUUUUCACAGACAACCUGACCAAAGAAAACAGCUUGGUUUUUAUUUCAAACAUGCAAAUGCACACAGGCAAAGGUAGAGGUACCAGAUCUAACCCCAGUGGGUCAAGGUGAUUUUGAAUAUAAAGAAAUUGGGCUUCUGGACACAAAAAUUGGCUUUUGAACUUUAGAACCAGACUCCUACCUGUUCAACUAAAUUAUAUUGGUAGAUCUUGUCUAUCUCUUAUGUGCCGGGCACUGGUAGGUGAUGAGGAUAGUAAAACGACUCACCAUCAUUUUACUUGGCAAGCGUUUCCUGUUUCUUCCGUCUCUAGGUGAAACUAACCACCUUCUCUGCACUAAAUCUGUGCCUUGUAUUUACUUUUCCAUUGCCACACUUAUGACAAAGGUGUCAUUUCUUUGUUUACACCCUUAUCCCUUUCUAGACUGAAAGCUUCUUGAGGACAGAGUUUGUAUCUAAUUUACCUGAACCCCCUCCCAACCUCCUGCCCCAAGUACCUAGCAUGAUGGCUGGCACAGCUCAAUAAAUCAUUGCUGGAAAGAACCGGAUCACAAUGUGAGUGUCGCAUGAAUAGUGUCACAUGCAAACUCAAGAUAAAAGUGCUGUGGGAUCCAAGAGGAAGGAAUUCGUUUAAAGAGAUCAUGGAAAGCUUCAGAGCAUAAAUGACAUGCAAUCUAGGAAUUGAAAUACAAGUUAAAUUUGCCCAGAUGAAGUAAAAAGAGCAAUGUAGGCAGGAAAAAAAAAAAAAAUCAGGCAAAUUGAAGAGAGUUGUGAAAAAAUGCUUUUAUUGCGGGAACAGGUAUUCCAAAUAGAGUAUGGGGUUCGUAAAGAAAAGGAAACUGCCCCACUACUAUUAGUCAAAACAGUGUAUUAGUUUGAUUUUUCCUAGACUUUGGUUUAUUGCCCUCUGUUUGUACUCCACAGUUCUCCUCUCUGGCCAUUGGUAUUACUCACUCUGCUGCUUUCUACUCCCUACCCCUUUCUGCUCUCUCUCCCUCACUUCCGUCUUCAAUGUUGACCUCUUUUAUCUUUACAUAGCUGGAGUCACAGCACUUGACGUUUUCAAACUAAUCUUUAUGCCAUAAUCUCCUUUCUAAUCCAACCAACCUUGCUUUUGUGCAAUUUGGAACUCAGAGGAACAGCUGGGAGAAGAUAGCUUUGUCAGGCUGCUCUUACGCAGGUAGAAAUAAAAGCUUCUCUUAUGUGUCACCUGCCUUUAACAUUGCGCCACUCGUCUAGUGUUGGACCACCUGGACACAGGUCCAACAUUGCCUUGCUAAUUAAUAGGGUGGCCCACAGACCAGACUUCAUCAAAGAUGGCAUUAAAAUAUGAAGCCUGUGUUUAUUCAGUGAAUACCCCAGAUGGAGUAUUUACGGCUAAACAGUGAUGAAGGUGAGGUUAGCGCAGGUAGUUGAGAGGGAAAGACUCCUCUAAGUAAAAAGAAAAAAAAGAAA